AUGGGCCCGAAAAGAGGUAAAAAGGGCACUCCGUGGCCAGAACCACGGUUUGCAGAUGACCCUGAUAUACGCGCAUAUGUAGCUGCAGCCAUCAAAGAUCUCGAGGCACUGAAGAAGCACCAAGAAGCACUGGAGAUUGGCAUGCCCCGUGAGCUCUCUACUUCCGUGGUUGACGCGUUCUUAUACCUGGCUCGAAGGGUGAAGAAUACGCCUACGAAUGAGCAACUAGCGCAGCGGCUCGCGAAGGUCGAAUUACACGUGGAAAAGACGCAGAAAGAGGCCUGGGGACGUAAGGUGCCCUCGAACCCUCCCACGGUCCCUAGCGUGGGAUUGAGUAGUGGAGGAAGCUUGCCAUCAACCCCAUAUCCAAGCCAGGAGGACCUAGAGGUCUAUCUGGAACAUACCGAUCCAAAUAUCCUCAACCCGAUACGUCGAUUCCCGGAUAAGGUGGUGGAGAAGGCAAAUCUCGCAAUACGCAGCACUCAAGACACCACCAUCGCACAUCGACGAAUUGCGGCAGCCCAUAUACUACCUAGUGGUGAUAUUAUACUCUUACUAGGCACAGUGGACGACGUCGACCAGCUUACCCGCAAGAAGGACUGGAUUAGGGCAUUCGGAAACGAAGCACGUAUACGAAAACGUACAUGGGGCGUCGUCGUACACGGCGUCAACACGAAUAUCAACCCCAAACAGCCUCAAUUCAUAACCACGCUUACCUCAGAGAACGCCCCGGUGUUCGCGCAGCUUCCAGCCUCUAUGAAUGUCACACACACGGGCUGGCUCCUAAGCGAGUAUAAGAUCAAGGAACAGAAGCUCACAAAUGCCCACCUUGUAGUCAUAUUUGAUGAUGAAAGGAUUGCUAAUUUUGCAAUCCAACGCGGCCUUAUUAUUAAGGGAAGACAGCACAAUGUCUCAAUAUACGACAAAGCAGCCAAUCUCCAGCAGUGCUUCAAGUGUCAGAUGUAUAAACAUAUCGCCAGGCACUGUCAGCGCCAGAUCUGCUGCACGUACUGCGCUGGAUCUCAUGAUACAGGGGAUUGCCCUACACCGAAAGAGAAAGAAUACGCUAAAUGUGCUAAUUGUACCGCAGAAAAUGUCCAUAUCAAAGAUCCUGCCAAGAGACUCAAUACGAAACACUUUGCGUACGCGAGGGAGUGCCCGAUACGAGCUACAUGCCUCGCAGAGGCACAUCAACGACGUACAUACGGCCCACAAUAUCACACUCCUGUGAUACGACCUGGCAAUAGUCAGCCCGGAGCCAUCUCACCAAAUAACCCUACACCAGCUGAAGCAGCCAAUACAGAGCGAAGUCCUCGCGCACCGGCUCGUACAGCCACCACACGUCGAUCUGCCAACUCAAGAAGUAAGAGCGCAGCAGCCGCCCGAAAACGAGUGGCAGAACGAUCUGAGCCCGAGCCGAUAAGCCCUACAUCAGGUGACCCUACCAAUAGAUCCUCGAAAAAGCCUAUGAGAGCGCAGUGGGAUAAAGAUCUAGUUAUAGAUGCAGAUCCUAAUCCUGAACCUAAGACAGGACCUGAGACCCAGAUUAAAUAUACAUAUAACACACGUGCACGUCAGAAUACGAAGCCUCCACCAGGAACCCCGGUUCUGCAAUUAGAUAUUGCUCCACUAGAAAUUUCACAUGUGCAAGCUGUUAGGACUGUCCGCCAAAGUAAGAGUGUGCGUACGAUCCCAGACGAUGACUCAUCUGAGGAUGAACUUACCCAGCCAUCAAUCCACAAAGCCCCUCAGGAUCUAAUCGAGCUAGCUCAGGAGGCUGAUACGCUAAUGACCACGAACCUUGAAGACAGCACCUGGGCUAACAAUCAGUAA